AUGGCCUCCACUGGACUCUUUCCUUUUUCUCAAACAGAACCAUCAACGGACCUUUUGACAGGUUCGUCAUGGGCCACGACAGUAGAAGGACCACAGAACUUUCAUGAUUUCUCAGACAACGGAUCCACCCACUCUGGAGAAGCCGAGGAGUUCAUUUUCACAUCUGGCCAUGCCACACCCCGAGGAACCCGGGUCCACUCCCAAGGAAACUGGUCCGCUUCAAGGACUGCCGCUUCAGUGGCCCAAGGUGGACAAGCCAUGUCCAGGGUUAGCUCUAGCAGGUCUAGCGGCUCCUCGCUAUCACAAUCAUCACAUCUGUCCAACAUGGACUUCUCAGGUAAUGCUUCUGCUCUUCAGACUGGAACUCAGACCGGAUCCAUUCAUGGACUUGACACUUGCAUCCUGGACCCUGUCGAUGGUAUUUCUCAGAUGUACUGGCCCGGAUACUCUCUUGAUGCUGCCCUGAACGGCGAUGCCACUUUCUCUCUGCCUGAUUCAAGCCCUCUUCAUGUUGUUCCCUCUCACAUGCAGCUUGGCCCUGUUGCCGAGAACUCUCCCCCUAGCCCUUGGGACUGCUUUUCUAGCUCCAUCUCCCGCUCAUCAUCUCCCAACACUAUUGAGGACUUGUGGUUUCCCAACCAGAGCCCCAACUCCUCUCCUCAGAUCCAGUGCCAGUCACCCAGGUAUGUAAUUCCUGACAGUGCCACGACGCCUGAUUCGGUUUCUUACCAAGUCGAUUGUUUUAGCCUUGACAGCAACAUUCCAUUGAUCUCCGAGGAUGUCAACGGAAAGGCCCUUUCCCCUCUUGAUGAAUUCCCUGCUGCCUCUGCCUUCACCGGACCCCGACGACAGAACAGUGAUGGUGAGUCCGCACGGGACCACGACCUUUACAAGAAGGCCGCUCCUUUUGAGGAUGGACUUUACCACUGCCCCUGGGAGGGACAACCCAGCUGCAACCACCGAGCCGAAAAGCUCAAGUGCAACUAUGACAAGUUCGUUGACUCUCACCUGAAGCCCUACCGCUGCAAGGCUGAGUCAUGCGAGGGCGCCCGCUUCUCUUCCACUGCUUGCCUGCUCCGCCAUGAGCGUGAGGCCCACGGACUCCACGGUCACGGUGACAAGCCUUUCCUUUGUGUUUAUGAGGGUUGUGAGCGUGCCGUCCACGGAAACGGAUUCCCCCGCCAGUGGAACCUCCGCGACCACAUGAAGCGUGUCCACAAUGACCACGGUAGCUCCAGUGGCUCACCUACAACCGGAUCUGCUCAGCCCGCCAAGGGACGUAAGCGCAAGACCGAGAACUCUGAGACUCAGACUUCCCACAGCCGCAAGGCGGCUGUCAAGUCGAUGCCUCCUCCCCCGGAGCCCAAGGAGAACUUGACCCAGCCUCUCAUUGACCAAUGGAUGGAGCACCACAAGGCUGUCCAAAGCCUCAUGCGAAAUGUUAUCAAGCCUGAGGAUGCCCAGAACCUUAAGCACAUCGGAACUAUCCAGAACCGUCUCAACUCUAUGAUCAAGCUUACUACGGACCUCAACGCCAUCAACAACCCCGGAAACACUCUGACUGGUACUGGCUGA